AUGGCGACUCAAGCUGCGACCCUUUGUGGAGCUAGUGCUCUUGUCGGAGCUGCUGUAGGCAAGGGAGUGAAGAAGCAAGCCGGUGUUUCCAAGAAGCUGAACCAGACGCGGCUCUCCGUGUCCGCGUCAGCGUCUUCGAAAGACAAUGAGCCAACACCUUCCAGCAACCUUUUCUCGAAGCUGGCCACCGGCCUGGCGGCAGUAGCGACGACUGUCUCCCUCACCGCUGGUCCGAUGGAUGCCGUUGCUCUCACUACCGGCUCUCCCGCCAUCAACCCGGCCAUCCCUGACGUCGGCGUGCUUAUCAAGGGUCAGCCAAUCAAGGACGCGCGCGCGCUGCUCCGGUACGCGCUGCCUAUCAACAACCAGGCGAUUAAGGAGGUGCAGCAGCCGCUGGAAGCCAUCACCGAGGAUCUCAGGCUGCCUGGCUCGAAGGCAUUCGACCCAGUCGAGAGGAACAUCCGUCAGGCGAACCGCGUGCUGAACCAGAGCAAGGACAAGAUUCUGGCGGACGUAGCGGAGAAGAACAAGGCAGAGGGGCGCGAGCUGAUAGAGAAGCUGCAGGACGGGCUGCAGGAGUUCCAGAAGAUCGUGGAGCGCCGCAACCGCGACAGCAUCCAGCCCAAGCAGAAGGAGCUGCUCGCUAUCGUCGGCGACAUUGAAGAGGCGAUGGUGGGGGCAUUCCCAUACCAGAUCCCGGCGGAGUUCAAGGGGUACCCCGUGCUCAAGGGGCGCGCGAAUGUGGAGAUGACGGUGCGCCCGCUCAACAACCCCAACCUCCCCGAGGUGGUCUUUGAGGUUGUUGUCGACGGUUACAACGCGCCGGUUACCAGCGGUAACUUCGUGGACCUGGUGAAGAGGGGCUUCUAUGACGGCAUGGAGAUUCAAAGAGCUGAUGGCUUUGUGGUGCAGACUGGAGACCCCGAGGGGCCUGCAGAGGGCUUUGUGGAUCCCGCCACUGGCAAGGAGCGCAGGAUUCCUCUGGAGGUGUUCGUAGAGGGUGACAAGGAGCCCGUGUACCAUGACACCUUGGAGGACCUGGGCAGGUACCGUGCUCUCCCCAAGAUUCCAUUCAACGCCUUCGGCACCAUGGCCAUGGCCCGAGAGGAGUUUGACAACGACAGUGCCUCCAGCCAGAUCUUUUGGCUGCUGAAGGAGAGCGAGCUGACCCCCAGCAGCGCCAACAUUCUCGAUGGCCGUUACGCUGUCUUCGGUUACAUUGUGGAGAACGCCGACUUCCUUGCUGAUCUUAAAGUGGGGGAUGUCAUAUCGACUACGUGUCGGACAACUUCUCUCACGGCUCUCCCUUCCCCGCUCCCCCAUUACCCCAUCUCCCCCAACCCGCCCCCGGCCCUCAGCCCUCUGUGGCCGGCACGAGUGGACCUGGUGAUUCGCAGCUACGUGUCGGACAACUUCUUACUCACGGCGUUCCUCACCUGCUCCCCCAUCGUCCCCACCCACCCCUUCUUCUCCCCCAUCCCCAGCCCAUUAUGGCCCGCUAGGGUCGAUCUGGUGGUGCGCAGCUACGUUCCCCUGUGGCCCGCACGGGUGGACCUGGUGGUGCGCAGCUACGUGUCGGACAACUUCUUCCUCACGGCGUUCCUCUUUGCCAGCAUCGAGCAGAUGUGGCCAGCUGGCAUUGGUGACGUCAUCUUGGUGCUGGAUGAGAGCGACCGCCACGUGGAAGACAUCGUGCCGCCCUGGGUCAAGAUUUACUAUGAGAAGAACUACCUAGGUCUGACACCCAAGCUGGUGCAGCAGUGGAGCUACCUGUGGGCCGACAACUACACCACCGCACCGUACAUCGCCAUUAUAGACGAUGACGUCAUCUUCAACCUCAAGGUGACUCCUGGACUGCUCUUUAACUUAACGGACGGCAAGCCGUUCAUGAUCGGCAGCAAGAGCACGCAGGGCAAGAACUGGCGCACCUCAUCCCGCUACUUCGUAGGCCCGGGCCGCUACCACGCCAACUUCAUGGUGCAGCUGCCCUUCGUCUUCCCGCGGGCCGUGCUGCCCAAGUUCCGAGACCACGUGGGGCAGCUGCACGGGCGCAAGUUUGGUGGGAGCUUCGAUGCUGCGUUCAAGUUCUGGUCGAUCCGCGGACCCAUUGCGGACCGGUCUCACGUUGCGCACACCACGCUUGGCAACUACAUGUGGUUCUUUGCCAACGACUCGGCGCAUUGGGCCUUCGAGUGGGAGUCCCGAACGCCCAUCCCUCGCGUUGGAGUCCACAUCCCCCACACACACGAGUUCCGCAAUGCCUCCGGUGCCUCCUACGAAACCCACACCUUCCUUCUGCCUCCUUUUGCUCCCAUUAACCCCCAUGGCAGGCACACUGGGCGUUUGAAUGGGAGUCUCGAACGCCCAUUCCACGUGUCGGCGUGCCUAUGUAACUCCUCCCCUUCCUUCUACCUCAUUCUGCCAACCCCAUCCCAGGCGCACUGGGCGUUUGAAUGGGAGUCUCGCACACCCAUCCCGCGGGUCGGAGUGCACAUCCCUCACACACACGAGUUCCGCAACGCCUCUGCCUCUGCCGCCGGCCCACCCCAACGACUCGUGAAGACUUAUGUCGACUUGACUGGCACGUACGCUCAUGAAGGGCUGUGUAACGCGUUUCCGGAAGGGGAAUUGGCUCAUUGCGAGGACGCGUCGAGGGAGCAGGGCCAGAUUUGGAGGUAUGCGCUGAGUGGGAGCGAGUGGUCGAUUUUCCAGAGCGGGACGGUGAACGGAACGGUGAUGCACGAUGAUUAUAAGUGGGAGUUGAAGUGUAUGUAUGAGCGCGUGGUGGGAGCGAAGACGGGGGAAUGGAAGGGGGAUGUGGAUGGGAAGCGGCAGGAGCUGGUGAAGGAAUUGACGAAAAACUGCAUCGUUCCACACUCCAACAACUACGUGUCGGACAACUUCUUCCUCACGGCGUUCCUCUUUGCCAGCAUCGAGCAGAUGUGGCCAGCUGGCAUUGGUGACGUCAUCCUGGUGCUGGAUGAAAACGACCGCCACGUGGAAGACAUCGUGCCGCCCUGGGUCAAGAUUUAUUAUGAGAAGAACUCUCUGGAUUUGCCCGGGAAAAUACUUCAGCAGUGGAGCUACCUGUGGGCCGACAACUACACCACUGCACCGUACAUUGCCAUCAUAGAUGAUGACGUCAUCUUCAACCUCAAAGUGACCCCAGGUUUGCUGUUCAACAUGACCAAUGGCAAGCCAUACGUGAUCGGCAGCAAGAACACGCAGUCAGACAACUGGAAACCCUCCUCCUACUACUUUGUCGGCCGCUACUUCGCCAACUACAUGGUGCAGCUGCCCUUCGUCUUCCCAAGAUCCGUGCUGCCGGGGUUCAGAAGGAGGGCGGCCAAGCGGCACAAGAAGGACUUCAAUGCGGCUGUCAAGUACUUUGCAGAUCACGGGCCGUCCUUUGCCAAGUGA